GCACGCCCACGAGAGCGAGCCUACGCCCAUACCAAGCGGCGUAAUUCACAUCUAAAGCGUCAUUCGCGAUCCUUGCAAGGCAACAUAUCGCUGCUAAGGGUGGGCGUUACCGGCUACGUUUCGUCUGAGAUCGCCGUGAGAGAGCCAGGGGGCCAUCUUUCGUGGAACCGCGUGGUUUUUGCCAACGUCUGGGACCCGUUCUAAAACUAUGGAGGACAACGUGAGGCACAUCAUCGAGCAAGCCGAGGUAACCAGCGGCCUACACUACAAGAACCCGCCGGUUCCCUAUGCCUGUCCUAUACCCGUCAGCCCUACCGUGGGGUGGCAAAUCUACAUACAAGGAUUGGUACCUGAGGUAUCCGUACGUCCUGAGGAGGAAGUCCAGUCGUUUUCCGUUAACUUUCAGAGAGGAACUGGGGAGGCAGAUCCCGUACCGUUCCAUUUUAACCCGCGCUUUGAACCGGAAGGACCGGUUGUUGUCCUCAACAGCCGCCAGGGCAAAUCGUGGGAUCGUGAGGAACGUGCGAGCCCAUCACCUUUCACCAAGGGACGACCCUUUGUACUCGUCAUCACUGCCGUCGUCCAGGGUUAUGAACUGGCGGUUAAUGGGCUUCCUUUCACGACGUUCGAUUAUCGACAAGGACUGGCUCUUGCCGAUAUCACUCACCUCUGCAUACACGGGGACGUCAUCCUCCGUUCUAUCCACAUACCUAUUCCGGAGAUGCCAAAGUGCUUACGCUGCCCUCUACCAGAACCGGCUAAGGUUGGAGACGUUUUCACACUUAGAGGGCAGGUAUCGCCGUGGGCCGAGAAAUUUGUACUGAACCUGGCCACGGGCCCGAGCACCGAGGACGACCUGGCGCUGCACCUGAACCCUCGCUUCGGCGAGUGCGCUCUGGUGCGCAACUGUCGACGCGGCGGCAAGUGGGGCGAGGAGGAGCGAGAGGGCGAGUUCCCGCUCGUGCCGGGACGCGCCUUCGAGCUCCGCGUCGACGCGCUCGAGGAAGCGUUCCGCGUCUACGUCGACGGCAACCAGCUGUGCGACUUCGGACACCGCAUGCCGCUCAAGAAGAUCAAGUACCUCAUCGCCGAAGGCGACCUGGUCGUCGACGACGUGCGCGUCGAGUUUGACGACGUCGAGAAGCUGCGAGAAAUGGCGGACAACUGGUCGUUGUACCUGCCCCCGGAACCGCCCAAGCAAGUCUUGGAAGUGGGUGACGUGGUGCCGGAGCUGAUGUCAGAGGCCCAGACUUACUACGAGCCGAAAAUGCAACUGGACACACCGGCGAAGCCAGUGUGCCAGCGACUGCCCGAAGUGAUGGCUCCGGGCCGCGUGGUCAUCAUCUCCGGCGUGGUGGAACCGAAACCUUACAGGUUCCACGUGAACCUGCAGACCGACGUGGGCGACACCGCGGACAUGGGGCUGCACCUGAACCCCCGCUUCGACACGUCACCGCGGAGCGUGGUGCUCAACUCCCGAGACCGGGACCAGUGGCAGCAGGAGGUGCAGGUCGCCGGCGACAAGUUCCCCUUCUCCGAGGGGUCGCCCUUCGAGAUUCAGAUUCACUGCAAAGAAGACAAGUUCCGGGUGCUGGUCAACAGCUGCUUCCUGGCCGACUUCCCGCACCGUCUCGACUGCUCGCGCAUCGAUUACGUCUGCAUCGACGGCUCAGUCAUCAUCGACCGCGUCGUCUUCGCCUGAAAGUAGAGAGAGCACAGCUUAUUAUGCUCGACGGAUGUGCACGAAUAUUCGUAAUGACAACAUGUUAGCCAAUGUAGCACAAACACAGCGUUUGUAAAGCCCUUGGGUAUCAUGGGACGCUUGUGCAGGAAGUAAUUGAACCAUGUCUUAUCGGACAGCAGACGAAUUGCCUGGCUUCGAUGGCUGGCAUCGAAGGUACUUACAGGGUUGGAUACGAUGUCUUUUGACAAAGUUCACCGGGCCUUACAAAAGUUUUAGCAGUUCUCGUUAAAAGCGAACACGUCACCGAGAACAUCAGUACAGUUGUGAUAAUGGAGCGUAUAGCGAAGUGUCUUUGUUAAACUUUGCUUUCCAAUGGCGUGGGGUAACAAGGACUGCAGCUGUAAUUACUCGGCAGCGUAUUUAAGCAUUUAACCAUAGGGGUCGCUACAUGAGCCCUGCUACAUGCCCCAGAAUUGAGCUUAGUUGGCCCGUAAACUUUUGUCGACGUCUGUAUGCGCGUUGCUGAGUUCUUGGAUAUAUUUUUAGCAGCAAUGGCGAACCGAAGGAAUGUCGUGCAUGAAUAGCACUUGACACCCGGUGAUAAGUUUGCAAUUAUAGGCGUUUAAAUUGUCGCCAAAUGUACUACGGUGGUUUAGCGUUGCGAGCACAGACGUUCGCAUUUAUUUUUUCGCGGGAACUGCUGAAACUAUACGGUAACGUCGUGUUGGUGACGAAUAUUCGCGCAAUCCGGGCGGUAACUAAAGAGGUCCGAGCUGCUAGCUUUAGCUUGAAUGUGGUUACGCUCUUGCACUUCCAAGUAAAAUAAAAUACAUGAAGAACUGCAUAAUGCACUACACUGUCGUGGAUUCCAUAACCUUGUAAUGCAUCACAGCAUUCUGUACGGUUGUUUGUUUCACUGUCAGCAAUGCUCGAUACUGUCAUGGCGGAGAUGUUAAACAUUGUGGACGUUUUUGAACCUUAUUCUAGAUAUGCACGCACACCAAAGUUUAUGUGGCCCAUAAUUAAGCAGCUCUUUUAUAGGUUCCUGCAGCUUAAUAGCAUACUUUGCACACGGCUCGCUGUAAGCGUUGUUGCUGUGACAUAGCUCGCCAGCUGUUUAGCGUGAGAUAAACAGUGAUGCAAAUCGCGUUCUACAAAUGUUUUGCUAAUGCGGCAUUUUUGUAGCGUGCGCUUGUGUACUUACAGCACGAUGUAGGAUAACCAUAGCCUACUUCAUGUGAGCCAUUAUUUUCGAUUCACAACGAGGGAACGUUUCUGGUGCAGCCCUCAGAUCGAAUCUCAUUAAUAGUGACCGCGUUGCUCUGCGCUAUAUUGUACGCAAAAGCAACACGAAAGUGCCUUGUGCAUAUGAGAUUAACAUAACCCCAAGUCGGCUUAUGUAUAUGUAAAAAAUGCAAUAAAGUUAUUUUU